GCAUCUUACUCUCUCGUAUAUUAUCUGCAAUGCACCAAGCGCGUUAAUGGCGGCUAUGCUUCUGUACCCCUCCCAAAUCAAAAUCUUAGCAUCGAAUCUAGACCCUCUCAUGUAUUCCCUUCUCUUCUUCUCUCUCCUCGCUCUCUCCCUUCUCUUUCUCCUCUUCGCCUCUUUCUUACUCUUCAAAACUUCCCGGAAAACUUCCGUAGAGAAGGAGGAACUCGAUUCGGAAUCAGAACCCACACCCGAACCGGGAACGGGUCUAUCGGAGAUUUCGGACUCAUCCCAACAACUUACCCAUGAGAAUGAUCCGACCCGUGUAACGAAUUCGCGUAUAUACGAGCUCUUGCUAUCCGACAAGAAGGACGAGCCAUCCGGCGGCGGCGAUCAGGGAGUGUGUGGGAGGAAGAAGAAAAGGGGUAAGAAGAAGAAACCGGACCCGAGAGGCGAAGAAAAUGAUCUCGGCGGCGAGAAACCGGCGGAGAGAGAUGCUUCGGGUCCCGACACGGUUUCUGGUUCGGGUUCGCCUUCGGGGUUCAAACCGGAGCUUGUAUGCUUGUACCCAUUCACGUCGACGGGUAGUGCUACGCAGAGGAAGAUCAAACAGCAGUACGAUCAUCUUGUCAAAUGCAAUGAGACCAAAGGACUUACCUUGGCUCAGGUUGGGGAAUUUGCUAAUUGUUUGAUAGAAGCCAGAAAUGAACUACAGCACAAGUCAGAGUUCAUUAAGCGCAAGUUUACAAUAACAAAGGCCCUCCUCUUCAAGGCUAAUAGGUCAUCAUUUGAGCGACUUUCACAGCAGAUCUACAAGCUGGAAAUGGAGCAGAAGAGGUUAGGAGAAGAUGCAUUUGUUUAUAAUUGGUUACAACAACAGCUGAAACUUUCACCUGCAUACAAAAAGAUGCUUGAAAUAAGCACUUCCAUGGAGCUUGAAGACAAGUUGGGGGCAGAACUAGAGAAUCCAGAUGAUGAAUCUUCUGACAUCUCCUUUGAAGAACUUUUGGAACAGGAGAAGAAAGACUCCUUUUGGCAGAAGAACGGACGAUUGCGGACUUGCAGAACUCGAUAAUCAAAGCUGCUUCCGCCUCGCCAUGAAUUUAUCUGGAGUUAAACUAAUUCCUGCAGUCUUUUUCCCUUUUAGUUCCUCUUUUAGUGUAUAGAGAAACACACAAGAGAGUAGAGUCUACUGUUUUACCAGUUAUCCUUUUUCUCAAAGAUUGGUCCCUACAGUUUCUGACGUUCAUGUAGACGAGAGAGAAGAGAGAUCAAGAUGAAAACCUUCAUGUUUUCAGACCUGUGUUUGUGGUUUUGUCUUCAUCUGCAUAAAGUUUUGUUUUUGUAUGGAGAUUUGGUGAAUACAUUGAAACGAACUAAACCUAAA